UACAAAGCUUUUAAGACUUCCUUUAUUGAUGGCAAAUUAUUUUAUUGCAAUUUUUUAAUGUUGAAUAAUAUAUGUUCUAAUUUUAAUCAUUAGUUAUUAUGAUUUAUCAGUAAGAAACAUAACCCAAAUAUUGUCUGGGCAAGAUAUUUAUAAAUCCACAUAGUAAUUAGAUUUGUUUUUUUUCUUGCACAUUAAGUCUUUAAUGAUCGUUCGUAAAAUGGUAUUAAUUAGCUAGAAUCAAAUUAGUUUUUUUUUUAUAAAUAACAUCAUUUCUAUUAAAUUUUAUAAACUUGUUUUAUUACAGAUUUAUAUUACAAAAAUAGAUUUUCAUUUAUAACAUUAGAAUGUCGUCUUCACGUCGCUAGCUAUAUCUAAGACUCAGGGUUCGAUUCCUGGUUAGACUGGUGUCGAUUUUUUUCUAUUAGAUUACAUUAUAGUCUCAUAAUAUCGCAUAUCUUAUAAUAUCCUAUAUUAUGAUGUAAACAACUGAUGUUUGUUUCCAAUUUCCAUUAAAUAAAAGCUCUAAUAGCUUUAGUUUUAUUCGUCAUUUCUUACUAUUACUUAUUAUAAACAAAAUAUGUAAAACAUAUAAGUAAUUACUUGCUUGGGCAAGAUGUUUACAUGACGUUGUUUGUAAACAGAAGGUGGAUUUAAGGCCUUGUUCGAUCGAUUUCGAUCGGCAUUGGAUAAUUAAAAGAAAAACAGACAGAGAAACCUUUUAGCACACUUUCUAAAAAGCAAAGUUACAUUGCUAUAAGCAUGCAAUGAUAUCGUUAGAUGUAACAUAUUAUUUUUUGUGUUUUGUUUAUUAUCAUUUAUAUGUGUAAAAAAGGUGUUUUUUAAAAUUUAUUAAUGAGUUUUCUAUCAAAAAUAUGCCUAAUUGUUAAUUUCCUUUAAUGUAGCUACAUGACAUAAGAUUGUUUUUUUUUUCUCACACUUGACUCUUUAUUACUUUGUUUUAAUACUUUUAUUGGAAUGCAUUUUCUAUUGUUUUUAUAGAGUAGCGUUGAUAAGUCACCUCUUUCACUAAAUGUCUGUUCAUUUAUAGAUUUUAUAUACACAACAUUGAGCUUUAAUUGUUAUGCAUGCCAUCUACCGGACCGAAGGACUUUCAAUACGAUUGAUAAUAGAUUUUCCAUUUCCAGAUUGGAUGAGCCCCUUCGACCGCGUGGUCUGCGGUGAGUUCAAUGGACCCAACGGCUGCCCUCGAAGGCGAGGCCGACAGACCUACACGAGGUUCCAGACUCUAGAAUUAGAAAAGGAAUUCCAUUUCAACCAUUAUUUGACACGCCGACGCAGGAUAGAGAUAGCACACGCGCUUUGCCUCACAGAAAGGCAAAUCAAGAUAUGGUUCCAGAAUCGACGUAUGAAAUUAAAGAAGGAACUGCGUGCUGUAAAAGAGAUAAACGAACAGGCGCGCAGAGAACGAGAAGAACAGGACAGAAUGAAGCAGCAACAGCAAGAGAAGCAAGCGAAGCUGGAAGGUCAGCACCACGGGCAUCACGUCACCCACCACCAUGACCCUAUGAAGAUGCCGAUCGACAAAGGGUCCAAUGACCUUCUUAAAGUGAACAAAGUCCCUACGUAAGGUGCUACUGCCACCGCUUAGGAAAAUCCUGACUGAUUCUGUAUCAUAUAGUGUGAACACAAUGGAAGUGUUACGUCCAUGAGGACCCGCGCAGUUAGUCGUUUCGUAUCCACUAGUUUUAUGUUUUGCGGCUGAUUCUAGUUCGCCUCGUUGUGGAGGCGUCGAGUGACUUUAUUUGUAAUUAUAUGUUCCUUUAGUGCGGAGAUGGCUCGUGCCGCUGGGUGGACAGGCUGGUGAUGUGCUUAAAGCAUUUAUUUUGUUGCCAUAACCCACACCUAUUUGCAAUAAUAUUUUACUAAAAUUUACAAAAGCGUUAGAUCGCUCUAAUGUUUACAUAGAUUACCCGAGUGAAUUUCGGUAUUGUUAGAUAAGAUUUAAAAUCUGUGAAUCUCAUAGUAUUUAUUGCUACCACUUACUAUAAUCCAUUAUGUUAUAUAUUUUUUUUAAUUAAUAGAUACUAUAUUAUGUACAUUUUGAUGUAUAUUUUAUUAUUUGUCUACUGUUAGUAGACUGGUUAUGUUUUGUACGGUCACAAUUUUUAUGAGUGUAAAAUUUGUUGUAUUUUCGUCGUUUAGUUUGAAAAGCUUUUUUAACCAGAUUGUGAUUCACUACAAUAGUUAAUUAUGGUUGUUAUAUGAUUUUGGAUUUUUUCAUUUCGUUAAAAAUAAUUAUCUUCAAAUAAAAAUAUUAAUAAUAUCCUGCUUAUAUAAUCCCACAGAAAUUACAUAAAAAAUUAAACUAGUAAUUUACAAAAUACGUAUGGAAGUACAAUCGCGAAUACAUAAAUCGUCGUCAUUAUGUUUUAUAUUUAAUGUCUUUGGGCAGUUUACUAUUAAAAUAAGAUGGUAUUUUUCGAUAAUUCUAAUAAAAGAAUACCAUGUCCAGUUAAAGAAAUAGUUCAAGAACAGAACAAAGAAGGAUUGAUUGGCGUGCGACUGUAUGUUGUCCACAAUCCCAAGUCAUCUAAUGUUCAAAAUUAUAUACGUAACGAUGAUACAUAUAAUAAAUUACAAUAAUGUGACUAAAUAUAAAUUUUACACGUAAUAUUAAAGUUGAUUAGUGUAAGUGUAUUAUACGUAGAUAAAUAGGUAUACUUUGUAUGAUGUAUCGCUAAGAACAUUGAUAGGUAAAUAAAUAAUUAAACCCUGUAGGUCAAACAGUGGUGAAACAAGCAAACAUUAAAACGAUUGCAAUUUUUUAUCGUUUCGAUCAUUCAUUCGUUUACAAUAACCGUGCUCUUUUUAAAGUUUAGUAAAAGUCAUUUUAAUAUUAUUUUAUAUAACAAAAGUCCUUAAACUAAAUGUUUCGUGAGACACCUUUUAAAAUUCCUGCUUUAAGAAUAUUUUAAAUUCCGUGUUGUGCCAAAAUAUCACUUAGCAUUUGACACUGAAAAUCUGCGCCGCGUAUACAUAUAAUUCAAAAUUUGUAUUUAAUUCAAAUUUUGAUUUUCUCAAUCCGAUACGUAACAACAGAACAAACUUUUAGGAUUCUAAAAUUAGCGUUUAUAGUCACCUUUAUACGUAAAUUAAUGUCAGGGUAGAAUUAAAGAAAUAAAUUAAUAGAAUAACUGUAUUUAAAUUGGAGUCUUCGCUUAAUUUUGAUAUUAUCACAUCUCAAUAUCUGUCCACUGUAUUAUUGGUAAAAUAGAGAGUCAAUGUCGUGAUAUCAUUAGUGAAAAUUUAAGUCAUUUGGUAGUUAUAUAAGAGAGAAGUCAUCCAGUCUUAACAACUCUUUUAGUACCUAACUCGACUAAUAUAAAUAUUUAUUGGAAAUAAAAAGAGAAUUUAUUUAAAUUUUAAAACAGAUAAUUAAUAAAUCAAAACCAGUUUUCUUAUUUUUUUUUCAAAUUUGUUAACACUGAACUAAUAUCUCAUUUGUUAGCGCGCAAAUCAUUUCGUAUCAUAACAUAUAAAAAAUAAGGUUGUCUUUAGAUUAGAGUUUAUCCCAUCUUACUUUAAAAAAAUAUAAAAUCGAGAAUGAAAAAUCGAACAAAAUGUACUUAAGUAACUUUGAUAUAAGUAGGCUUUAUAAAUUAUAAUGCAUAGUUAUAAUAUCGUAGACACUUGUAAUAAAUAAGAGUAAACAAUCCGAGUAUUUGAAUUAUAAAAAACGCUUAAAUAUAAUUACGUUUUAGUAUCGUUCUUAACUUAUAGUCUGGAAACUAUUAGUUGAUGCUUCGAUAAAAGUACAUGCGUUCAGGAUGAUAUGUUAUAAAUUAAAAAUAACGACACAAUUUGUGUAUACGAAUUAAAUUGUUAAUUCUCCAAAUAAAAAAAAACUAUGUAGUUAUUAUUUUCCGUUGACAGUUUUUCAUUUAAACAAAAAUUAUGGUUUCGUUAACUUUAUUGGGACAGUGCAAAAUUAUUAUCAUUUAACGUGUUCGUUUUAAUCGAUAAGUUUUUAACGAUAUAUGGUUCUUGUAACAUAGUAAAAUAUACAUUGUAUAUUUAACUGGCGUCCGAUGAUUUACAACGUAUCUCCAUAUUGUUUUUGCAUCGUAAAAAUUUGUAAUUCACGUGAAACAAUGAGCAAUUUACCAAGUAGAUUAUGUACGUUCCCCUUCUAUAAACGUUAUCUUGCCAUAUAGUGUUUCGUCUUAGGUAUUAUAAUAUACCUAGCCAAUCAUAAUGCAGUAUUUAUUUUUUUUAAUUAUUAUUUUGUAAGCUUCAAAAUGUUCAUCAGUUAUUACUUUAAGUUUAUUUUAUUGUUAUCUUUAUAACACAUGUUGGUGUUAACUAUAACAAGACUUCCAUUCUGUUUAGUUUAUAGCGAAUUAAUAUUUUUUUUUAAUCUUAAAUAUAAAUGUAGCUAUGUAUGUAUAUGUAUCUAUAUCUAUAUUUUUGAACAUAGUAAUUAAAAUAUCGUCUUAAUGUUAAGUAAUUGUAAAUAGUCGUGGAAGUUUUAUGUGGCGCAAUUAUAUAUUUUUUUUUGUUUAUAUAUAUAUUUUUCUUUUUGUUUAUGUUAUAACGUAUUUAUGUAAUGAGGUUUGUGUCGUAUGCGCACUUGUCACAGUGACUAGAUUUUUGUUAGAAUUUUUUGUUUAUACGAAUAUUGGGUUAAGUUAGGGACGCUUUGUAAUAAGAAAAAUAAGAUUUCUUAUAUUUUUAUUCGUAACGAUUUUAUUGUUUUGUGUAAUAAAAAAAUGUUGCUAGAUUGCUAGUACAAUUCACCGUAUGUCAUUUGAAUUUGAUAGCUUCUAAAAAACUAUAGAAAGAUAAAAAUUUAGUUAUCAUCAGGGAUAACUAAAUUUCAAAGAAUAAAUAGUCAACAGUAAGUCAGCUUGACUUAUUUUGUUAACCUAACUUACUUCUACGUGUACUAAAAACAAUAGAAUGGAAACAGCUUUUUUUAAUUUUGUUUUAUCACAUAUGUAACUGUUUUCAUUCGGAUACAAAAUCUGUCAAUUAAAUGGCUUUAUGUAUAUUUUUUUUUUCUCUUUUAAACGCGAGAUUUUACUCUCGUAAAUUUGAGAUGUUAUAAUAAUGUUUGAACAAAUUGUCUAGUUUCUGUGGUUUAGUGUCAUAUAGUACGAUUCAUCGUGACCGUGUCGUGGUAUAUAAGCAAAUAGUUGGGUGAUUGUAUAUGAAGCCCGCAUUGAAUAUUGUAAUAUUAAUUUCAAAAAUUCAAAAGAAUAAAGAGUUAAUAAAAUUAUGACUUUCUUUUCAUUUUUUUUUACUUUCAUAAAAUAAGCAUAGGUAUGAGUUAAUUUCAAUUGACGAUUAUUUAUAUUCCCUGUAAACUUUCGGCUCCAAAUGUAUGAAAAAGCUUUUGACUAUUUUUGUCAUUUCAAUACUUACAACUCAAAUGAAUAUAUAGAGUGUUAUUAGUAAACAAUUUAUAGCCGUCAGAGUAAGUUUUCGCUGAAAUUGCAAUUUUAGUAUUAGUCCAAAUUCAUAUUAUACAGAGAAUAAGCAAACCAUCUUGGAGUAAAUAUAACUCCCGUAGAACCUCGUUCUAGGUUAACCUUUGCUAAGUCUCUGUUUAAUAAUAUGAAUUUUGACUAAUACUAAGUGCAGUUUCAGCGUAAAUUUACUCUAACGCUAAACCUUGUUUAUUAAUAACACUGUGAAAAUAAUUCAAUCUUUAUUAAAUAAGAUCGAAUCUAGGCAUAAGGUUUAAAACUAUUGGCAGAUUUUUGGCAUAUUAACGAUUUUAGCAGACUAUCUUUUAUUCUUUGAGUGCAGUUCGGAACAUCUUAAAACCACUUUGCAUUAUCCUCUAUGAAAGUUUCGAUGUAAUGUAAUUUUAACGGUAAGUUAAAAUAGAUUGGCCAUGAAUUUUCUAGAAAUCCAUACAAUAUUUUACUUACGACUAUAUUUCAGAUAUUUGAUCCUUUAUUGAACAUUGAAACAAACAACAACAAAGAAUAUUAAAUGCUUUGUUGGCGUUUAGAGAGAUUUUUUUUUUCUCCAACUUAGUAUUAUGAAAAUUAUCUACCGAGUUGUGUUUGGACAUUAUUCUAUUUUUUUUAUUAAGUGGCCUUUAUAAAUGUCUGUUUUUACAUUGCAUUAUUUUGAGUUAGGAGAAAUGAAGGAAGUUGGGAAAUAGAACGUUCAACUUACUAAUAUCGUUCGGAAUCAUUAGAUUGAUUCUUUUGUCUUAAUACAACUGUACACUACGUUAAUGUAGGUCUUCACUAAUUACAAAUUAAUUUUCUUUUUUAUGAUGAAAACUACAGGUAAUGAUAAAAAUAUUAACUAUAAUGAUAUCUUUUUCAUUAUGAACUGAAGCUCUUCAAAAGAUUGUAUGACCACAAUAAUGCAAUAGCUGCAUAUUAUAUUUUAAGAAUACAAUUGGUUGAUUAAAUAUUUGGGAAAAGAUUGUGGUACAAAUAAAGACAAGUACUCUUUUACUAGGCUUUAUUGUUAUCCAGGGAUGAUAUCAGAUAUUCGUUGAAUAUAACAGGCCUCUCUUUAAUAAGGUACACCUCUCAAUUCACGUUGGCAUGACUUUGCAAUAUAAUAUUUUCGAUGUGAUUUUUGGCAGGUAUUAUUAAUAAUAUCUGUCAAAAAUAUAAUUAAUAAAAAAUAAAGAUUACAAUAUGUACCCGAACAAAAAUAUUAUAAUAAUAACACAACAUUAACAAAGGGCACAAACCUUACAGACAAAAUAUAAAGGCGUUUUGCUAAUAAGAUAUUAAUAAGAAUUUUAAUAUUUAAGUUAAGUGUAUAUUGGUGAAAAGGAACCAUCUAACAUCUACUGCAGUGUAAUGUAAGUAUUGAAGUUUAUAAUAUUAAUAUAAUUUUAUGUGAUAGCUUUUUCUAACGUUAUUGUUUUUAGACCGUUUUCAAAAAUAAGGUAUGUAACAAUAUUUAAUUUACACAAUUUUGCAAGAUGCUUCUAAUAGUGAUGAUGACUAUUUUUUGUUUGUUUGUCCGUCAGGUAGAGUGUUAAAAAGUAUUAAACAGGUAUUUUUUUAUUUUUUUCGUAAUCAUAAAAUUACGGCGUUACAUUGAGUUGAAAUUUCGCAUGACGUCACUUUAGGGUACGUUUUCUACUCAACUGUGACGUAGCGAGCCCCCACUCCUCAACUUUAAUGCCUGUUAUCUAAGCUAUUUCUUGUUAAAUUGAAGUAAAAAAAAAAUACGUAUCUAAUAUUUUUCUAUUAUCUGACUGACGGACUAAAUAGAAUUGCAUUUUUUUUACCCAGUCAUCAUUCCUAUUAUAUCUCAUU